AUGGAAGCGAGGCGCUGGGCAGCGUCCAGCGCGCGGACCCUGGCGAGGCGCCUCCGCCGCCAGCGGCGGGAGGAACUGGGGGGCACGCGCGCGUCGGCGCUGGCUCACCGCGUGCAGGCGCUCAGGGUCGCCCUCGCCGAGCACUGGCGGCUGGGCGACGUGCUGGGCUGUCACUUCCCCACGAUGGCGGAGGCGCUCGAGGCGGCUCGGGUUGUGGGGCUGCCGCAGGACGCAGUCUUCCUUGAGAAGGUCCUCAAGGUGCAGUCCUGUCCGCUGAACGCGGACGCGGUGGCGUACAACUGCUGGGCGCCAGGGGGCUGGAGCAGGGCGGUGCAGGAGGGCCAUUGCGAGGAGGACGACGAGGAUGCAGUCGUGGAGGAGGGCGCCGAGCAGGCGUACACCAAGAGCGACGUGGACAUCCAGUGCGUGGACGCGGGGCAGGCCGCCGUGAAGGUGGCCAAGGCCGACGUCGGCGCAGAGCAGCAGGGCAAGCUCAUGAUCGACGGGGGCUGCCCUGGAGCCGGCUUGGAGGGCGGCGUCGAGGAGAUGAGCGACGAGAAGGAGGCGGGCGUGACCAUGCAGCGCGGGUGGUGGGCCGCCAGGGCCAGAAUCUCUCGGGCUUGGCUGGGCACGAAGGCCUCGGAGAGCAAAAAGAUGGCGGAGCUCGAGGCGCAGGGCGUCGAGGUUUUCGCGGCGUCCGAAGGCAAGGGCACUGACACGCAGGAGGUGCGGUGCUUGCUGACGGGCAAGGUACUGCAGGGUCCGAGGUGGGCUCCGCGGGGGCUGCCGCCCGACCCUGGAGAGGGCCGCCUGUUCGGAGAUCCUGAGCCGAAAGCUAGGAGGCGCCGAGCGGGCAAGAGCAAGAUGGCG